GGCCGGGCAGGGCCGGGGCGGCGCCGAGGCCCGGCCGGAGCGGGAGCCCAAGCGCGGCGGGCGCGGUGGCCGGGGUGGGGGGCUCGGGCCGGCGAAGAUGGCGAACGUGGGACUGCAGUUCCGGGCGAGCGCCGGGGACGCGGACCCGCAGAGCCGGCCGCUGCUGCUGCUCGGGCAGCUGCACCACCUGCACCGCGUGCCCUGGAGCCACGUCCGCGGGAAGCUGCUGCCCCGGGUCACCGAGGAGCUCUGGCAGGCUGCCCUAAGCACGCUCAACCCCAGCCCCACGGACAGCUGUCCCCUCUACCUGAACUAUGCCACCGUGGCCGCCCUGCCCUCCAGGGUGAGCCGGCACAAUAGCCCCUCGGCCGCGCAUUUCGUCACCCGGCUCGUGCGGACCUGCCUGCCGCCGGGAACCCAUCGGUGCAUUCUGAUGGUCUGUGAGCGGUCGGACGCCUUCGCCUCGGCCUGUGCCCUGGCCCGCGCUUUCCCACUCUUCACCCAACGCUCGGGGGCAUCGCGGCGCCUGGAGAAGAAGACCGUCACAGUGGAGUUUUUCCUGGUGGGACAAGACAACGGGCCAGUGGAAGUGUCCACUUUGCAAUGUUUAACAAGCGCCACAGAAGGCGUGCGGCUGGCAGCCCGCAUCGUGGACACGCCCUGCAGUGAGAUGAACACAGACACCUUCCUCGAGGAGAUUAAGAAAGUUGGAAAAGAACUGGGGAUUGUCCCAACCGUUAUCCGGGACGAGGAGCUGAAGACGAGAGGAUUUGGAGGGAUCUACGGUGUGGGCAAGGCUGCCCUCCACCCCCCAGCCCUAGCCGUCCUCAGCCACACCCCAGACGGAGCCACCCAGACCAUCGCGUGGGUGGGCAAGGGCAUCGUCUACGACACCGGGGGACUCAGCAUGAAGGGGAAGACCACCAUGCCGGGGAUGAAGAGGGACUGUGGAGGCGCCGCGGCCGUGCUGGGGGCCUUCAGAGCCGCCGUCAAGCAGGGUUUCAAAGACACCCUCCAUGCCGUGUUCUGCUUGGCCGAGAACUCGGUGGGACCCAGCGCCACGAGGCCGGACGACAUCCACCUGCUGUACUCGGGAAAGACUGUGGAAAUCAACAACACGGAUGCCGAGGGCAGGCUGGUGCUGGCAGAUGGCGUGUCCUACGCGUGCAAGGACCUGGGCGCCGACAUCAUCCUGGACAUCGCCACGCUGACCGGAGCUCAGGGCAUCGCCACGGGCAAGUACCACGCGGCCGUGCUCACCAACAGCGCCGAGUGGGAGGCGGCCUGCGCGAAGGCCGGGAGGCAGUGCGGGGACCUGGUGCACCCGCUCGUCUACUGCCCGGAGCUGCACUUCAGCGAGUUCACCUCGGCCGUGGCCGACAUGAAGAACUCCGUGGCGGACCGGGACAACGGCCCCAGCUCCUGCGCCGGCCUUUUCAUCGCCUCGCACAUCGGCUUCGACUGGCCCGGGGUCUGGGUCCACCUGGACAUCGCCGCGCCCGUGCACGCCGGUGAGCGGGCCACGGGCUUCGGUGUGGCCCUCCUGCUGGCACUCUUCGGCCGGGCCUCUGAGGACCCUCUGCUGAACCUGGUGUCCCCGCUAGGCUGUGAGGUGGACGCCCAGGAGGGGGACGCGGAGAGGGACUCCAAGAAGCGCAGGCUCGUGUGACGCGGCUGCCCCGCCCGGCGACGCCGGGCUUUUUACCUCACUUUGCACUGAUUAACUGUAAGCAGUUGGAAGAUUAUACCUUAAGAUGAGCUUCGGUUUGUUUUGUGCUUAGUUGUCGUGGUGACGGAAAGGGCUCCUUCUUGUAAGUCUUAGCAGACAGCUCAGGGCUUGGCGGGGCCCCGGGGAGGGAUGCGCGGGCAGCACUGGGCUUGUUUCUGUUUGAGUCGCCGCCAGCUUCUGGGGCCCCCGCACGGCCCCGGGCCCCAGGAUGCGUGCGCGGCCCUGGCGCUCCGGGCCGCGUGGCCCCUGGGCCGCGUGGCCCUGCUCAGUGCCCACGGUGGGGGCCGUGGGUCUCCAGCCCAGGCCCCGCGCGUGGCACCCACAUUACGGAGAGCCCGGGCCCGUGCUCCAGCCAGGGCUGCCGCUGCCUCCGGGCAGUCGUCCCCUCUGAAAGGACGGAGGUGACUGACUUUGGGGACCCAAUUUUAUGGAGCAAGAGGAAGCUCUACUCUGGCCCCUUAGAAUUCACGGGGGGUGGAAUUAAAUAUGGCUGAACCACA